AUGUUAAUCUUAUUCCUGAUCAUUUUGUUUAUAGCUAUUCUUCCAUAUAAAUCAAAGACAUUUAGAGAAAAUAAAGUAUAGAUAAAUAUUAUAUUUUAGCCAUUGAUAUCUAUCUCUUAAGCUUUUUCAGGAGGAUUAUUUUUAUCAGUUGCUCUUUUGCAUUUAUUACCAGAAUCAUAAGAAAAAUAUUAAUAAUCUUAGAACAUUGGAUAAAUUAAAAAAAAAGAAUUAUUUCCAUUUCCAUUUCUAAUUACUAUUCUUAGUUUUGCAUUAAUUUUAUUUAUUGAAAAAAUAGUGACAAAUCAUAAACAUCAACAUUAAGAUGUAUUAAAAAUAUUAUUAUAAUUAGCAUGUUGAUGUACAACCUACAUAAAAUAUUGAAUUACUUAAAUCAGAUGAGAGUAUCUGUUGUAGUUAGAUUGGAGCAUGUUGUAAUUAAGUUGAAAGUUAAGCAUAAGAAGAUUUAUUAAGAAAUGCAAUAUCCUCUUAAGUAAAGAUGGCAUAAAGAGUAGGAUUUAAUGAAAUAAAAAAUAAAACAAAAAUUAAAAAACCUAAUAAAUCUUCAAAUCUAACUCCAUAUUUAUUGCAAUUAGCUGUAGGGAUACAUGCAAUCUUUGAAGGAUUAGCAAUAGGAAUAGAAUCAAAUCUUAGUAGAUGCAUAGGUAUAGCUUUGGCAGUGUUUUGUCACAAAUGGGUAAAUAUUAUUUAAAUUUAAAUAGGCUGAAGGUCUCACUUUGGGAUUGGCAUUUAAAAAAGCAAAAGUUACUUAUUCAAAAGCUAAAAAACUUAUAUUUCUACAGGCUUUGAUGAAUCCAUUAGGUAUUUCAAUAGGGUGGAUUUUAUCAUAAAAUAAAAUUAUAAUAGUGAGUAUCUUUUAUGCAAUAUCAGCUGGAACAUUUUUAUACAUUUCUACUAUCGAAGUGAUUGUAGAAGAAUUUAAUGUUGCCAGAUACAAACUUUUCAAAUUUUUAGCAUUUUUAAUAGCUAUUGGCUUUAUAAGUUCAAUUUGGUUGUUAGAAUAAAUUGAUUUUUGA